AUGAACUGCGUGGCUCUUUCAUUGGGCUUCAGCUUCUUGUUUCAGGUCAUAGAAGCAUUGAUCUUUGCCUAUUUUGCCUCCAUAUCGUUGGCCGCCUCACAGGGUCUUUUCCCAAGGCUGGAGAAUGUUGGCGCUUUCAAGAACAUUUCAAUUGUGCCAACCCAAGCAACAUGUGGACUACCAGACCGAAGCACUUUUUGUCAUAGUUCUGUGGAGGCUGAAAGUAUUCGGUUCUGUAACCAGAGGUUUUGCAUUCAGGAUUGUCCAUUCAGAUCUUCACCCCCUGCAUACACUGCCCUGUUCUCUGCAGGCCUCAGGAGCUGCAUCACAGCAGAUAAGCAUGAUCUGCCUCCCAACUCCUCCAGCAAUUCUACAAGCUUUAUUUUUGGAAAUCACAAGAAUUGCUUCUCUUCUCCUCCUCCUCCAAGGCUGGCAGCAUCAUUUACUUUAGCCGUGUGGUUGAAACCUGAGCAAGAAGGUGUAAUGUGUGUUAUAGAAAAGGGAGUGGAUGGGCAGAUUGUGUUCAAACUUACAAUAUCUGAGAAAGAGACCAUGUUUUAUUAUCGCACAGUAAAUGGUUUGCAGCCUCCAAUAAAAGUUAUGACACUGGGGAGAAUUCUUGUGAAGAAAUGGAUUCAUCUCAGUGUGCAGGUGGAUCAGACAAAAGUCAGUUUCUUCAUCAAUGGUUUGGAAGAAGAUAAUACAGCUUUUGAUGCAAGAACUCUGAAUGGUGCAAUUACCAAUUUUGCUUCUGGUACUCUGCGAAUAGGACAGAGUUUAAAUGGUUUACAGCAGUUUAUUGGAAGAAUGCAAGAUUUUCGGUUAUAUCAAGUGGCUCUUACAAACAGAGAGAUUCUGGAAGUGUUUACUGGACAGUUGCUCAGAGUACACAUCCAGUCCCAGUGCCGCUGUCCUGGAAGCCACCCUCGGGUCCAUCCUUUGGUGCAGCGGUACUGCAUUCCUAAUGAUGCAGAAGACACAACUGAGAACAGAGUGUCAAGGCUGAACCCCAAAGCUCAUCCUCUCUCUUUUGUCAAUGAUAAUGAUAUUGGUACUUCUUGGGUUUCACAUGUGUUUACAAACAUUACUCAACUUAAUCAAGGAGUAACUAUUUCUAUAGAUCUGGAAAAUGGACAGUUUCAGGUAUUCUAUAUUAUCAUUCAGUUUUUUAGUCCACAACCAACAGCAAUAAGGAUUCAAAGGAAGAAAGAGGACCGCCUAGAUUGGGAGGAUUGGCAAUAUUUUGCUAGAAAUUGCAGUGCUUUUGGAAUGAGAAACAAUGGAGUUUUGGAAAAUCCUGAUUCUGUCAACUGUCUUCAGAUUCCCAACUUCACUCCGUAUUCCCAUGGUAAUGUUACAUUUAGCAUCCUGACACCUGGACCAAAUCAUCGUCCUGGAUACAGUGACUUCUAUAACACUCCAUCUCUUCAAGAAUUUGUAAAAGCCACACAAAUAAGGUUUCAUUUCCAUGGGCAGUACUAUACAACUGAGACUGCUGUCAACUUCAGGCAUAGAUACUAUGCAGUGGAUGAAAUCACCAUCAGUGGGAGAUGUCAGUGCUAUGGCCAUGCUGAUACCUGUGAUACAACGAGCCACCCAUAUAGAUGCUUCUGCUCUCAGGAAAGCUUCACAGAAGGACUUCAUUGUGAUCGCUGUUUGCCUCUCUAUAAUGACAAGCCUUUCCACCAAGGCGAUCAAGUUCAAGCCUUCAACUGUAAACCCUGUCAAUGCAACAGCCAUUCCAGAAGCUGCCACUAUGAUAUUUCAGUGGACCCUUUCCCGACUGAGCACCGUAGAGGGGGGGGUGGAGUCUGUGAUGACUGUGCACAUAACACUACAGGAAGGAACUGUGAGCUGUGUAAGGAUUACUUUUUCCGACAAGUUGGUGCAGAUCCUUCAGCCAUAGAUAUUUGCAUACCCUGUGAUUGUGACAAAGUUGGCACAAGAAACAAUAGCCUUGUUUGUGAUCAGAUUGGAGGCCAGUGUAAUUGUAAGAGACAUGUGGCUGGCAGACAGUGCAAUCAGUGCCAGGAUGGAUUCUACAAUCUUCAAGAGUUGGAUCCUGAGGGCUGCAGUCCCUGCAACUGUAAUACCUCUGGGACAGUGGAUGGAGAUAUUACCUGUCACCAAAAUUCAGGCCAGUGCAAGUGCAAAGCAAAUGUUAUUGGGCUUAGGUGUGACCACUGUGAUUUUGGAUUUAAAUUUCUUAGAAGUUUCAAUGAAGAUGGAUGUGAGCCCUGCCAGUGUAAUCCCCAUGGCUCAGUAAACACAUUCUGCAAUCCUCUUUCUGGGCAAUGUGAGUGCAAAACAGAAGCCAAAGGACUUCAGUGUGACACCUGCAGAGAAAACUUUUAUGGGUUGGACAUCACCAGUUGUAAAACCUGUGAUUGUGAUGUGGCUGGAACACUUUCUGGGACGGUCUGUGAUACUAAAACAGGGCAGUGUGUCUGUAAGCCCAAUGUUGGAGGGAGACAGUGCAGUGAGUGUUUGGAAGGAUACUUCUAUCUACAACAGCAAAAUCAUAAUUUCCUCUGCCUGCCUUGUAACUGUGAUCAGACAGGGACAGUAAAUGGCUCUCUGCUGUGUGAAAAAUCAACAGGACAAUGUCCUUGCAAAUUAGGGGUAACAGGUCUUCACUGUAAUCAGUGUAAACCUCAUAGGUACAAUUUGACCACUGGCAAUUUUCAAGGCUGCCAGAUGUGUAAGUGUGACUCCUUGGGGACACUACCUGGGACUGUUUGUGACCCAAUCAGUGGCCAGUGCCUAUGUUUGCCUAAUCAUCAAGGAAGAAGGUGCAAUCAGUGUCAACCAGGUUUUUAUAUUUCUCCAGGUAAUGUCACUGGUUGCCUACCGUGUUCUUGCCAUAUAACAGGUGCAGUUAAUCAAAUCUGCAAUAGCCUAACUGGUCAGUGUGUUUGCCAAGAUGCCUCAAUUGCUGGGCAAAAUUGUGACCAAUGCAAGACCCAUUACUUUGGAUUUGAUCCUCAGACUGGAAGAUGCCAACCAUGCAACUGUCAUCUCUCAGGAGCCUUGAAUGAAACCUGUCAUUUGGUCACAGGCCAGUGUUUCUGUAAACGAUUUGUCACUGGCUCAAAGUGUGAUGCGUGCAUUCCCAGUGCCAGCCAUUUGGAUGUCAACAAUCUAUUGGGUUGCAGCAAAACUCCAUCCCAGCAACCUCCACCCAGAAGCCAAGUUCAAAGUUCUUCUGCUAUCAAUCUUUCUUGGAGUCCACCUGAUUCUCCAAAUGGCCACUGGCUUUCUUACAGUUUAUUCAGGGAUGAUUUUGAAGUCUAUUCAACUGAAGACCAAUACCCAUACAAUAUUCAAUACUUCUCAGACACCACCCUGUCUCCGUAUACCUCAUAUUCCUAUUACAUCAAGACCACCAAUGUGCAUGGUUCAACCAGGAGUGCAACUGUCACUUACAGGACAAAAUCAGGAAUCCCACAAGGAAGUGUGAACUUAAGUUAUAUCAUUCCUAUUGGCUCAGACUCUGUGACACUUAUCUGGACCACACCCUCGAAUGAUUCUGGUCCUAUAGAAAAAUAUGUUUUGUCCUGUGCUCCUCUAGAUGGCACCCAGCCAUGUGCUUCCUAUGAAGGUCAUGAAACCUCAGCUACCAUUUGGAAUCUGGUUCCAUUCACCACAUACCAUUUCUUUGUACAGGCAUGUACUAGUGGGGGCUGUUUGCAUAGCUUGCCUAUUACAGUGACCACAGCCCAGGCCCUUCCCCGAAGGCUAAGUCCACCUGAGGUGCGGAAGAUCAGUUCCACAGAACUUCACAUAGAAUGGUCGCCACCGUUGGAAUCAAAUGGAAUAAUUAUAAGAUAUGAACUGUACAUGAAAAGAUUGAGUUAUGAUGGGGAAACCAUGUCUGCAGAAAGGAGAGUUUUUCAGAGCAGUGGCUGGCUCAGUCCUUACCCAUUUACAGAAUCAGCCAAUGAAAAUGCACUGCAACCUCCUCAAACAAGCACAAUCAUCAGUGGCUUGGAGCCAUACACCAAGUAUGAGUUUAGAGUCUUAGCUAUGAAUAUGGCUGGUAGUGUGUCUUCAGCUUGGACGUCAGAAAGAACAGGAGAAUCAGUGCCUGUAUUCAUGAACCCUCCUUCAGUCUUCCCUCUCUCAUCACACUCUCUCAACGUAUCCUGGGAGAAGCCAGCAGAUAAUGUUACAAGGGGAGAAGUUGUGGAGUAUAAUGUCAUGAUGACUUCUGAGCAGUCAUCUCAACAAUCUAUUCCAGUGGUGUCUUCACAGGUAUUAUACACCGCUAAAUCCCAAGAAUUGUUUUAUGUUGUAAAAGGACUGAGACCUUAUAGGAUAUAUGGCUUUACUAUUUCUCUCUGCAAUUCAGUUGGUUGUGUGACCAGUGCUCCAGGAUCAGGACAGACUUUAGCAGCAGCACCAGCCCAACUGAGGUCUCCUGUCGUCAAAGGAGUCAACAGCACGACCAUCCAUCUUAGGUGGCUUCCGCCUGAAGAACUGAAUGGACCCAUUCCUAUAUAUCAGCUAGAAAGGAGAGAAUCAUCUCUAGCAGCUCCUAGGGCCACAAUGAUGAAAGGAAUUCGUUUUACAGGGAACGGGUAUAGUAAAUUUCCCAAUUCCACUCUGCCGGUCAAUACAGAUUUUACUGGCAUUAAGGCCAGCUUCCGAACAAGGGUGCCUGAAGGUUUGAUUGUCUUUGGAGCAUCUCCUGGCAAUCAAGAGGAGUUUUUUGCACUUCAGUUGAAGAAUGGACGUCCUUAUUUUCUUUUUGAUCCUCAGGGAUCUUCAGUGCAAGUUACAACAACUAAUGAUAAUGGUAAACAAUAUAGUGAUGGAAAAUGGCAUGAAAUAAUUGCCAUUAGGCAUCAAUCUAUUGGCCAAAUCACUCUCGAUGGGCAUUAUACCGGUUCCUCUGCUGCUAUAAAUGGAAGUACUGUCAUCGGAGAAAACACAGGCAUUUUUGUGGGAGGGCUGCCACAAGAUUACACCAUCUUCAGGAAGGAUCCCAAGAUAAUUCAAAAGGGCUUUGUGGGCUGUCUCAAGGAUAUACUUUUUAUGAAGAAUUACAAUCCCUUUGCUAUCUGGGAACCUCUGGAGUGGCAGAGUUCUGAAGAGCAAGCCAAUGUGUAUAACAGCUGGGAAGGAUGUCCCACUUCAUUGAAAGAAGGAGCCCAGUUCCUAGGAACAGGGUUCCUGGAACUUCAUCCACAUAUAUUUCAUGGUGGAAUGGACUUUGAGAUUUCCUUCAAGUUCAGAACUGACCAGUUGAAUGGAUUACUUCUUUUCAUUUACAACAGGAAUGGACCUGAUUUUCUUGCUAUGGAGCUGAAGAGUGGAAUAUUGAGCUUCCUGUUAAAUACCAGUCUUACUUUAACACAAGUAGAUCUCUGGCUGGGGCUCUCCUAUUGUGAUGGAGAGUGGAAUAAAGUGAUUAUGAAGAAAGAAGGCUCAGAUAUAUCAGUAAGCAUGAAUGAUCUCACGGAGCGUGUGUCGGAGUCCAGGGCCCAGCCUGUGAUGGUGAAUUCCCCAGUCUAUGUUGGAGGAAUCCCACCGGAACUGCACAACACUUACAAACACCUGAAUUUUGAACAAGGUUUCGGUGGUUGCAUGAAGGAUGUUGAAUUUACACGGGGUGCUGUCGUUAACUUGGCAUCUGUGUCCAGCAGUGCUGUCAGAGUCAAUCUGGAUGGAUGCCUAUCAACUGACAGCACUGUUAACUGCAGGGGAAAUGACUCCAUCCUGGUUUACCGGGGAACAGAGCAGAGCAUUUAUGAGAGUGGUCUCCAGCCCUUUACAGAAUACCUGUAUCGAGUGAGAGCCUCACAUGAAGGAGGUUUAGUAUAUAGUGAUUGGAGUCGGGGACGUACAACAGGAACAGCUCCACAAAGUGUGCCAACUCCCUUAAGAGCCCACAGCAUAAAUGGAUAUACCAUUGAAGUGACUUGGGAUAAACCUGUUGUGGUUAGUGGUGUAAUUGAGAAGUACAUUCUGAAAGCUCAAGGUGAAGACGAUCUCCAGGCUGCCCUCGAGCCCUCGGCUAGUACUGAGCUGGUCAAUACCAGCACCCUCACAGGCAUAUUGACAGGCUUGCUACCCUUCAAAAACUAUGCAGUGACCCUAACUGCCUGCACUUUGGCUGGCUGCACCGAGAGCUCACAUGCAUUGAACAUCUCUACUCCACAAGAAGCUCCACAAGAGGUUCAGCCACCAGUAGCCAAAUCUCUUCCCAAUUCUUUGUUAGUCUUCUGGAAACCACCCAAACAAGCAAAUGGCAUUAUAACUCAGUAUUCUUUAUACAUGGAUGGGAUGCUGAUCUAUUCAGGCAAUGGGAAAAAUUAUACAGUCACAGAUUUAGCAGUAUUUACGCCUCACCAGUUUCUGCUGAGUGCAUGUACACAUGUGGGAUGCACAAACAGUUCCUGGGUCAAACUGUACACAGCACAGCUACCACCAGAACAUGUAGAAUCACCGAUUUUGACCGUCUUGGAUUCUAGAACUAUAUAUGUACAGUGGCAACAACCAAGGAAAGUAAAUGGAAUUUUGGAGCGCUACGUAUUAUAUAUUUCAAAUCACACGCAUGAUUUUAACAUUUGGGAUGUCAUCUAUAACAGUACAGAACUUUUUCAAGAUCACACACUACGAUACCUUUUCCCUGGUAAUAAAUAUCUCAUCAAGUUGGAAGCUUGCACGGGUGGUGGGUGCACUGUGAGUGAGGCCAGUGAGGCCCUCACUGACGAGAGUGUUCCAGAAGGAGUUGCGACCCCCAGAGCGUGCUCAUAUUCACCUGACUCUUUUAACAUCUCCUGGACUGAGCCUGAAUAUCCGAAUGGUGUUAUAACAAGUUAUGGAUUAUAUCUAGAUGGUAUACUAAUUCACAGUUCCUCAGAACUCAGCUGUCAUGCUCAUGGAUUUGCUCCCUGGAGCCUACAUUCCUUCCGAGUCCAGGCAUGCACGGCCAAAGGUUGUGCAAUGGGUCCACUGGUGGAAAAUCGAACUCUAGAAGCCCCUCCUGAAGGAACAGUAAAUGUGUUUGUCAAAACAGAGGGAACCCGACAAGCCUAUGUAAAGUGGGAAGCACCUUUUUCCCCUAAUGGAUGCUUAAUGUACUCAGUGCUUUUUACUGGAAUUUUUUAUGCAGAUCAAGCAGGUAAUAACUAUACCCUUUUGAAUGGCACACAAAUUAUGCACAGCAGUGAAAAGACCAACCUUUGGGUGCUCAUCGAUGGACUGAUUCCUUAUACUAACUAUACUGUACAAGUGAAUGUAUCAAAUAGCCAAGGCAGCUUGAUAAGUGAUCCUAUAAUGAUUGCAAUGCCUCCAGGAGCUCCAGAUGGCGUGCUGCCUCCAAGGCUUUCAUCUGCCACUCCAACCAGUCUUCAGGUUGUCUGGUCUACACCAGUUCGUAACAACGCUCCCGGCUCUCCCAGAUACCAACUCCAGAUGAGGCCUGGCCACUCCACCCAUGAAUUUCUAGAGUUAUUUUCCAAGCCUUCUGCAUCAUUAAGCUAUGAAGUGAGAGAUCUCCAACCGUACACAGAGUAUGAAUUUCGGCUGGUUGCCUCCAAUGCAUUUGGCAAUGUGCAUAGUUCUUGGAUUCCAUUCCUGACCAUGGAAGACAGACCUGGACCUAUAGACCCUCCAGUUCUUCUAGAUGUGAGGUCAAGAAUGAUAUCAGUCACCUGGCAGCAUCCUCUGAAGUGCAAUGGGGUCAUUACUCAUUAUAACAUUUACCAACAUGGUCAUCUCUACUUGAAAACUUCUGGAAAUGUCUCUACUUGCACAGUGGUCAAUUUGUACCCAUAUACUGCCUACCAGUUUCAGGUAGAAGCCUGUACUUCAAAAGGAUGUUCUCUCUCACCAGAGUCUCAGACUGUAUGGACACUUCCAGAUGCUCCAGAAGGUAUCCCAAGUCCAGAGCUGUUCUCUGAUACACCAACAUCUGUAAUUAUAUCUUGGCAACUUCCUACCUAUCCCAAUGGAUUAGUGGAGAAUUUCACAAUUGAAAGAAGAGCUAAAGGGAAGGAAGAAGUUACUACACUCGUGAAUCUCCCAAGGCAUCAUCCCAUGAAGUUUAUUGACAACACUCCUGCUCUUAGCCCGUGGACAAAAUAUGAAUACCGGAUACUGAUGAGCACUUUUAAUGGAGGUACAAACAGCAGUGCUUGGGCAGAAGUGACCACAAGACCCUCACGACCUGCUGGAGUACAGCCACCCAUGGUGCAUGUGCUAGGACCCAGUGCAGCUGAGGUUGCUUGGAUACCCCCACUCAUCCAGAAUGGAGACAUACUUACCUAUGAGAUCCGCAUGCCUGACCCUCAUAUCACAAUAACUAAUAUUUCUUCCUCAAGGUUAACUCAAAUAAUUGCUCACCUGACUCCAUUCACUAAUUAUUCUGUCACUGUUGUGGCUUGCUCAGGGGGCAAUGGGUAUUUAGGAGGGUGUACAGAGAGCUUACCUACCUAUAUUACCACCCACCCUACUCUGCCUCAGGAUGUCAGCCCAUUGUCAGUGGUUCCACUAAGUGAAUCAUAUGUUGGGAUUUCUUGGCAGCCACCAUCCAAACCCAAUGGACCUAACUUGAGAUAUGAGCUUCUGAGAUGUAAAAUUCAGCAACCACUUGCAUCAAAUCCCCCAGAAGAUUUAAAUCUGUGGCACAAUAUUUAUUCAGGAAUUCAGUGGUUUUAUGAAGAUAAGAGUCUUAGCAGGUUUACGACAUAUGGGUAUAAGCUCUUUGUACACAACAGUGUGGGUUUUACACCAAGUGAAGAAGUGACUGUGACAACGUUAGCUGGUCUUCCAGAGAAAGGGACCAACAUCUCUGCUCAUGUUCUUAACCACACAGCUAUAUACGUGGAAUGGACUAAACCAACUCUUCAAGACCUACAAGGAGAUGUUGAAUAUUAUAUACUUUUUUGGAGUUCUGCUACCUCAAAUGAAUCUCUGAAAAUCCUCCAAGAUGUACACUCCCAUAUCAUCAGCCACUUAAAUCCAAACACAGAAUAUUGGAUUUUUAUUUCUGUCUUCAAUGGAGUCCACAGCAUCAACAGUGAAAUUCUAUGCAUAACCACUUGUGAUGGGGAGCCUCAGGGCAUGCUUCCUCCAGAGGUUGUCAUCAUCAACAGUACAGCUGUACAUGUCAUCUGGACAUCUCCUUCAAACCCAAAUGGUGUUGUCACUGAGUAUUCCAUCUAUGUAAAUAAUAAGCUCUACAAGACUGGAAUGAAUGUGCCUGGAUCAUUCCUUCUGAGAGACCUGUCUCCCUUCACUAUCUAUGACAUUCAGGUCGAAGUCUGCACAAAGUAUGCCUGUGUGAAAAGCAAUGGGACACAAAUCACCACUGUGGAAGAUACUCCAGGUGACAUACCAACACCCACAAUUCAUAGCAUUGCUUCGAGAUCCCUUCAAAUUGACUGGGUGUCUCCAGGAAAGCCAAAUGGCAUCAUUCUUGGAUACGAUGUCUUACGGAAAACAUGGCAUUCAUGCCCUAAAACACAGAAGUUAAUGAAGGACCACAGUGGUGGGCUCUGCAAGGGAGUGAAAUGUCAAAAACCUGAAGAUAUCUGUGGACACAUUUGCUAUUCUCCUGAAGUGAAGGUUUGUUGUAAUGGAGUCCUCCACAAUCCCCAACCUGGAUACAGCUGUUGUGAAGAGAAAUAUCUCCCAUUUGCUCUGAAUUCAACAGGAGUUUGUUGUGGUGGCAGAAUACGAGAGGCACAACCAAAUCAUCAGUGCUGCUCUGGGUAUUAUGUUAGCAUUCUACCAGGUGAAGUAUGCUGUCCAGAUGAACAGCACAAUCGGGUUUCUAGUGGCCUUGGCGACUCCUGCUGUGGCAGAAUGCCCUACUCUACCUUAGGACACCAGAUUUGCUGUGCUGGGAGGCUCCAUGAUGGCCAUGGCCAGCAGUGCUGUGGUGGACAGAUUGUGAGCAAAGAUUUAGAGUGCUGUGGCGGAGAAGAAGAGGGUGUGGUGUACAUUCGCCUUCCAGGGAUGUUCUGUUGUGGGCAGGAUUAUGUGAAUAUGUCAGAUACCAUAUGCUGCUCAGCUUCCAGUGGAGAGUCUAAAGCACAUGUUAAAAUGAAUGACCCAGUGCCAGUAAAAUGCUGUGAGACUGAACUUAUUCCAAAGAGCCAGCAAUGUUGUAAUGGAGUUGGAUAUAAUCCUUUGAAAUAUGUUUGCUCUGACAAGAUUUCAGCUGGAAUGAUGAUGAAGGAAAUCAAUGAAUGCACAACUCUCUGCCCAGCAACUAUGGAAGCAACUGCACAUUGUGGCCGAUGUGACUUGACCUUUAGCAGCCACAUCUGCACUGUGAUAAAAGGGUCUCACAAUUCCACGGAGAAGGAAUCAAGGGAAGAAAUAUGCUCCUCUGAUGAAGAGAUUGUUCAUACGGGGAAUGCAAACAUACACUCCUUCACAGAUGUAAAUGUGGAACCCUAUAGGACUUAUGAGUAUAGGCUUUCUGCAUGGAAUAGCUAUGGGCGAGGAUUCAGCAAUGCUGCUAUAGCCAGCACAAAAGAAGACGUGCCCCAAGGAGUGAGUCCCCCUAGAUGGACCAAAAUGGAUAAUCUUGAAGAUGUAAUAGUCCUAAACUGGAAGAAACCAAUACAACCGAAUGGCCCUAUUAUUUACUAUAUUCUUCUCCGAGAUGGAAUUGAACGCUUUCGGGGAACAUCAUUGACCUUCUCUGAUACAAAGGGAAUUCAGUCCUUUCAGGAAUAUUCAUACCAACUGAAAGCAUGCACAGCUGUUGGCUGUACCUCCAGCAGCCAGGUAGUUGCAGCCACUACCCAAGGAGUUCCAGAGAGCAUCCUGCCACCAAGAAUCACAGCCCCAAGUGCAGAGGCUUUGCAUUUGAGCUGGAGUGUCCCUGAGAAACCAAAUGGUGUCAUAAAAGAGUACCAACUCAGGCAGGUUGGAAAAGGUCUCAUCUACACUGAUACCACUGACAGGAGGCAACAUACGGUCACAGGUCUCCAGCCACACAGCAACUACAGCUUCACAAUUACAGCUUGUACAUCUGCUGGCUGUACUUCAAGUGAACCUUUUCUAGGUCAGACACUUCAGGCAGCCCCUCAAGGAGUUUGGAUGACACCUCGACAUAUUAUCGUCAAUUCUACAACAGUGGAAUUAUAUUGGAGUCAACCAGAAAAGCCCAAUGGCCUUAUUUCUCAAUAUAACUUGAGGCGUAAUGGAACUUUGGUUUUCCUGGGUGGCAGUGAGAAGCAGAAUUUCACUGACAAAAACCUGGAACCCAACACCAGAUAUGUUUACAAGUUAGAAGCCAAAACUGAAGGUGGCAGCAGUACUAGUGAUGAUUAUGUUGUACAAACACCUCUAUGGACACCAGAAGAAAUCCAUUCUCCAUAUAAUACAACAGUAAAUGGACCUUAUUCCGUAUUUGUUGCUUGGAACCCACCAGGGAUUCUCAACCCCCAAAUGCCUGUGGAGUACAAUGUGUUACUCAAUGCUGGAAGUGAAGCAUUUCUGAUCUCCCCUGUUGGUCACCAUUGUUCUAUCCUGUUGGAAAAUUUAGCCCCAUUCACACAGUAUGAGAUAAGGAUCCAAGCAUGUCAAACUGGCGGUUGUGGAGUUAGCAGUAGAAUGUUUGUUAAGACAUCUGAAGCAGCCCCAAUGGAUCUUAAUGUGCCUGUUCUUAAGGCAUUGGGGUCAUCUUGUAUAGAAGUUACAUGGAUACCACCUAAAGAACCAAAUGGAGUCAUCAUCAACUACUUUAUUCACAGGCGUCCUGCUGACACUGAAGAAGAAUCCCUUUUGUUUGUCUGGUCAGAAGGAGUCCUUAAAUUUACCGAUACCUCACAUACUCUGAAGCCUUUCACACUCUACGAAUACCGGGUGAGAGCCCAGAACUCCAGGGACUCAGUGGACAGUCUGUGGUCAUCAGUACAGACACUGGAAGCUCCACCUCAAGAUCUGCCUGCUCCUUGGGCUCAAGCCACCAGUGCUCAUUCAGUUCUGCUGAAUUGGACGAAACCGGAAUCUCCCAAUGGCAUUAUUACCCAGUACCAUGUGAUCUACCAAGAGAGACCAGAUGAUCCAACAUUUAAUGUCUCUAUCAUGCAUGCUUUCACAGUGAUGGGAACAAGCUACAAAGCCCAUCUGUUUGGGUUAGAACCAUUCACAACAUACCACGUUGGUGUUGUGGCUGCAAACCAGGUGGGAAAAGUGUCAAGUCCCUGGACUCUGGUUCAAACUUUAGAAUCUUCCCCAAGUGGACUGAGUAACUUUACAGUAGAACAGAAAGAGAAUGGCCAGGCAUUGUUACUCCACUGGGAAGAGCCUGCAAGAUCCAAUGGUGUGAUUAAGACUUACAACAUCUUCAGUGACGGUAUCCUGGAGUACACUGGCUUGACCCGUCAAUUUCUCUUCCGUCGCCUGGACCCUUUCACUCUCUACACGCUGACCCUGGAGGCCUGCACCAGAGCAGGCUGUGCACACUCAGUGCCCCAGCUUCUGUGGACAGAAGAGGCCCCUCCUAGCUCUCAGUUGGCCCCGACAAUUCAGUCUGUGGAGUCCACUAGCAUUGAGCUGAGCUGGUCCGAGCCUGUUAACCCAAAUGGAAAGAUAAUUCGCUAUGAAGUGAUUCGCAGAUGCUCUGAGGGAAAAGCUUGGGGGAACCAGACAAUCUCGGCUGAUGAGAAAAUCGUUUUCACAGAAUAUAAUACUGAAAGGAAUACAUUUAUGUAUAAUGACACAGGUUUGCAGCCAUGGACACAGUAUGAAUAUAAAAUUGACACUUGGAAUUCAGCAGGCCAUACCUGUAGCUCCUGGAAUGUGGUAAAGACGAAGCAAGCUCCUCCAGAAGGUAUCACUCCGCCUGAGAUAUCCUUUGUGUCUACGCAUCCCCAGAGAUUGCUGAUUUCCUGGGUCCCACCAGAACAGUCUAAUGGUAUUAUCCAGUCCUAUAGGCUUCAAAGGAAUGGAAUGUUCUAUCCUUUCAGCUUUGAUGCUGUGACUUUCAAUUAUACAGAUGAAGAACUGCUUCCCUUUUCCACAUAUAGUUAUGCAGUCAUAGCCUGCACAAGUGAAGGCUGCUCUACCAGCAAACCUACCAAUAUCAAAACUCCUGAGGCUGCUCCAGAAGGCGUCAGCCCUCCAGCUCUUUGGGAUAUCAGUGCCACUCAGAUAAAUGUAUCUUGGUCACCACCAUCAAAUCAAAAUGGGAAGAUCACUAAAUAUCUACUUAGAUAUGAUGGUAAGGAGUACCAUGCUGGGCAGGGCCACUCCAUGCUGAUUUCUAACCUGCAGCCUUAUACCCAAUAUAACAUCUCCCUAGUAGCCUGCACCAAUGGUGGCUGCACAACUAGUGUGUCCAUACCCGCCCAGACAUUGGAGGCCCCACCACAGAACAUGGAUGCUCCAAGAUUGCAAGUCACUGGCUCAGAAUCAAUAGAAAUUACCUGGAAACCUCCAAGAAACCCAAAUGGCCAAAUCAGAAGUUACGAACUUAGGAGGGAUGGAGCCAUUGUAUAUACUGGACUGGAAACUCGCUAUCAUGAUUUUACCCUCACCCCAGGUGUGGAGUAUGGCUACACAGUGACUGCCAACAACAGCCAAGGUGGUAUUUUGAGUCCACUUGUCAAAGACAGAACCAACCCCUCAGCACCCUCAGGGAUAGAACCUCCAAAAUUACAGUCCAACAACCCUCAAGAGAUCUUAAUUAAUUGGGACCCUCCAGUGAAGACAAAUGGCAAUAUUGUCAACUAUACCCUCUUUGUCCGUGAAUUGUUUGAAAGAGAAACAAAAAUCAUACACAUAAACACAACUCAUAAUUCUUUUGGUACACGGUCAUUCCUAAUAAACCAGCUACAGCCUUUUCAGAGGUAUGAAGUUCGCAUUCAAGCGUGCACCAUCCUGGGAUGUGCAUCCAGUGACUGGACUUCCAUAGAGACGCCUGAAAUUCCACCUCUGAUGCAACCUGCUCCUCAUUUAGAGGUACAGAUGACUCCAGAAGGAUUCCAGCCCAUGGUUUCUCUCUUGUGGGCAGGGCCACUUCAGCCAAAUGGAAAAGUUUUAUACUAUGAAUUGUACAGAAGGCAAAUAACAACUCAGCCUGGAAAAUCAAAUCCAGUGCUAACUUAUAAUGGAAGCUCAAGCUCUUAUAUUGAUUCUGAACUACUGCCUUUCACAGAAUAUGAAUAUCAGGUCUGGGCGGUGAAUUCAGCAGGAAAAGCACCCAGUACUUGGACAUGGUGUAGAACUGGGCCCACAGCCCCAGAAGGUCUCCAAGCCCCCACCUUCCAUGUGGUCUCUUCCACCCAAGCAGUAGUCAACAUCGGCGUCCCUGAGAAACCCAACGGGGUCAUCAGUCUCUACAGGCUGUUCUCCAGCAACACCAGUGGGUCCGAGAUGGUGCUGUCAGAAGGCACAGCCACCCAGCAGACCCUGCACAGCCUGCAGCCCUUCACCACAUACUCCAUCGGGGUAGAGGCCUGCACCUGCUUCAACUGCUGCAGCAAAGGACCAACAGCUGAACUGAGGACUCACCCUGCUCCACCUUUGGGACUGCCCCCUCCCCAAAUCCAGACACUGGCCUCGAGGACAGCCUCCUUCCAGUGGAAACCCCCCCUGUCCCCUAACGGUGUCAUUCAAAGCUAUGAGCUUCAACUUUAUGUAGCUUGCCCUCCUGACGCAGUCCCGCCCUGCACUCCCAGCCAAACAGAGACCAAGUACAUGGGGCCAGAGCAGCAAGCCAGCCUUGGGGGUCUCCAGCCUUACACCACCUACAGGCUGAGGGUGGUGGCACACAAUGAGGUGGGCAGCACAGCUUCCGAAUGGAUCAGCUUCACCACACACAGAGAAUUACCUCAGUACCAAACCCCAUUCUCUGUGGACAGCAAUUUGUCUGUGGUGUGUGUCAACUGGAGUGGCACUUUUCUUCUGAAUGGCCCACUGAAGGAAUACGUGUUGAUGGAUGGAGGACAGCGUGUGUACAGUGGCUUCGACACUACCCUCUACAUACCAAGGACAGCUGACAAAACCUUCUUUUUCCAGGUCAUCUGCACUACAGAUGAAGGAAGUGUGAAGACACCUUUAAUCCAGUAUGAUACCUCUACUGGGCUUGGCCUGGUGCUAACAACUCCUGGAGAAAAGAAGGGGUCGGGGAGCAAGAAUGCAGAGUUCUACAGUGAAUUGUGGUUCAUUGUGUUAAUGGCAGUGCUGGGCUUGAUCUUAUUGGCCAUUUUUCUGUCCCUGAUCCUACAAAGAAAGAUCCACAGGGAACCGUAUAUCAGAGAGAGACCGCCCUUAGUCCCUCUUCAGAAGAGGAUGUCUCCACUGAGUGUCUACCCACCAGGAGAAUCCCAUGGGGGAUUAGCUGAUACCAAAAUUCCUCGGUCUGGGACACCUUUGAGUAUUAGGAGCACCCGGAGUGUAUCUGUUCUGCGAAUCCCAAGUCAAAGCCAAAUCAGCCAAACCUAUUCCCAAGGAUCUCUCCAGCACAGUGUCAGUCAGCUCAUGGACAUUCAAGACAAGAAAGUCUUGGUUGAUGACUCGCUGUGGGAAACCAUCAUGGGCCACGACAGUGGACUGUAUGUGGAUGAAGAAGACCUGAUGAACGCUAUCAAGGGUUUCAGUUCAGUGACCAAGGAACACACCACGUUCACCGACACCCACCUGUAA